AGUUCAGUAUCUUGCUACUUCUUUGCUAUAGUGCUGCUACUACCGUGCUAUUGAAUAAAUAAAAGGCAGUAGGACUUUUUUGUGUAUAUCAUAGGAUGUGGUAGCUACACACAUGAUAUUUCCUCGAAACAAAAUCAAGGAAACUCGUGCUCACCGGGGACGCCGUUGCAAAACCUAGCGUAUAAUUCAUCAGUCAACAAACAUCCCGUUACAAAGGCGAAAGCUUCGUAUCUCUCGGCUACAGACAUACUGGCACACUCUAUCACCGAGAUGUGCUUCCAGAGAACAGGGCAACGCAUCUGAUCGGCAGACCUACUUGCUGCUAGCAUCUUUAGGACACCAGAGCCUGUGGCACCGCAGCCUACACGGCUUGAUCACAUCUCCAGGAACAAGACCACAUCCUAAAAUCGUUUCAUCCUUAAACGUUUUCGAUUCCCGUCUGCCCACUAGACACACAACCCUUAGCUGAACUCCUCAACAACGGUUUUGAUGUACUUACAAUGGCAGAUGAGAAUUGUCCACAUUCAGAAGGGAUGAAUACAAGGUACGUGAGUGAGGAAGACCAGAUGUCAUGUGACACACUAGAGGUUCAAGCUCAGUUACCCAAUUCAUCAGGGAAAACUGUUACUGAAGGAAGCAAAUUAAAUGAUGCAGAUCCUACUCAAAAAACUACCGAAACAGACAAAGAUGAAAAUUUUGAAGAGAUGACUGAAAAAAAUGAUGAAGUAGAAAAGAUGUCAGAAAAUGGCAGUGAUGCAAGUAGAACCUCUAAUCUCAAGGAAAAUGUGGAAGAAAAAAUAUCUCUUGAAUCCUCUACUGAAGAUGGAGAAAAUGCCUAUGACUAUGAGCUAAUUAGUGGCCAGUAUUAUUAUUCUGACAAAUUUUCUGGAAAGAGGUACAGAUAUGACAAAAAUGUUGAGGAAUGGAUUGAGGUGACUAUGGAUAUGGAAACUGAAAAUAACUUUGAACAAGCUGGUGAACCUACUGUAACUGACUGCCAAGUAGUGGAUGGCAUACAGAGUGACACAAACACUGAACAUAAAGGUGAAUAUACUACAACAACUGAUAGUGAAGGGAGAACUUACUACUACGCUGAUGACCAGUAUUUGUGUCAAGAUCGUGAAGGGAAUGUAUUUUACUUAAAUGAAAAAAAUGAGUGGAAGCCUUGGGCUGAGAAAGACAAUGUGCUAUCUUCUGAGUCUUCUAAGUGGUACUUUUGUCAGGGAGAUUCAACAUUCUAUAGGGAUAAUGUGUCAGGAGUUGUGUAUAGAUUAGACAAAGAAAACAACAAGUGGGAGAAGUAUGAAGGAAAAUUGAAAAAGAAAAGACCUUUGAUUGAUGAGGAAGAGUUUGACACUGAUGAGGAUGACUCAGAUGGAGAAUCUGGAGGUGGUCUUGUGCCUCCAGGGGCUAAGGAGGAUCCCAAUAUCAGCUAUGAUGGUACAACCUACACAAAAGUGGACCCAGUUGAUAAGGUGGUUUAUGAAUGGGACACUGAGAGGCGAGCAUGGUUCCCUAAGCUUGAUGAAGAUUUCAUGGCAACUUACCAGCUGAGUUAUGGGUUCAAUCCUGAUGGAACAGUAAAUGAGAAUCCACUGAAAUUUGAUGAUGAAAAUGAAGAAGAAGAAGAAGCAAAAGCAGCAGAGGAACUGAAACAGAAACUAGAGAAUGAAAAGGCAAAAGCAACGAAGAAAAAGCUAACUUGGUUCCAGAUGGAUGAGACCCGUAAUACCAAGGUAUAUGUUAGCAACCUACCAGACUCCAUGACUGAGAAUUCAUUUGUUACGCUGAUGCAGAAAUGUGGCAUGAUCAUGCUUGAUGAACAAACUUCCAGACCCAAAGUAAAACUAUACAAAGAUGAAGAAGGCAACUUCAAAGGAGAUGCCCUCUGUACUUACAUUAAGGUGGAAUCAGUGAAACUGGCCGAGCAGAUUCUAGAUGGCUAUCAAGUUGGGAAUAUGAAGAUACAUGUGGAGCAGGCCAAAUUCCAACAGAAAGGUGAAUAUAACCCCAAACUCAAGCCUCGCAAAAAAGGAAAAAAAGAGCUCGAAAGGCUGAAGAAAAAGCAGGAAAAGUUAUUUGAUUGGCGACCAGAGCCUAUGAGGGGACAGAGGAAGAAAUGGGAGAACACAGUUGUGAUCCGCAAUGUGUUUGAUCCAAAGGAGUUUGAAGUUGCCAUGGACAAAAUCCUAGAUCACAAAGAAGCCAUGAGGAGCCAGGCUUCAAACUUUGGCAAAAUAAAGAAGUUGGAACUGUUUGAUCUGCAUCCUGAAGGUGUGGUUCAAGUCACAUUUGAAGAAGUAGAAAGUGCAGAUAUGUGUGUGGCCACCCUUCAUAAGCGGAUGUAUGCAGGACGCACAUUAUACGUCACCACCUGGGAUGGAAAGGAGAAGUUCAAGAUUGAGGAGACUGCUGCUGAGCGGGAAGAGAGAAUUAGGAAGUGGAAUGAGUUCCUGGAAACAGAAGCAACAGCUAGUAAAUAGUUUCUGGGAAUGGAACCAAAAAACACUGCAGUAUACUCUGUCUCACAUAAACUGGCAAAGCUUGCUCCCCCCUCCUGUGGGAGCAAGAGGAAGGGCAUAGCUACACAGUGGCUGGUGAUUAGUUGACAGAAUCCAAGAUAGGCUGGUCAGAAAGGAAAUGGGUAAUUUGACAGCACCUCACUCUUUCAUUUAUAUUUCCUUGAAUAUAGUUGUAAGCUUCAAGUGAAACAUCACAAUAUCACCCUAAAUAAAUUUACCAAGACUGGAUACAAGAAUCAGCAGGAAUAUUAUGAUGUAGAAAGCAAGUGGAGGUGGUGAAAUACACAGCAGGAGAAAUAGGUGAGUGACGGGGGCAAAGAGAGAGCUCACCGUGCUGUGCUUGGAUCUGAUCUGGGCCACUGUAGUCACCACUGUAAGACUAAUUGUUUGAUAAAGGUCUAAGUUACUUCCUUUAAUUUGUAUUAUUAUAUGCAUUGUAAUUAAACAUCAUAAUAUUGCAAGGAAUGUAAAGUCACUUCAGUGCAUCAUUAAGUAUGAAAAUAUGAACACAUCUGUUAAGAAAGAAUAGGUCAAGAGUCCUUAGUGCAAAUCAAUCAGAUCCAUCAAACACAGGUGACCGCGUGAGGAUUCGUGACCUGACCUUGACAUACUAAGCCCACCUUUCCUCAUCUCCCUCCUCCUGUCCACAUGUGUGUGUGUGUGUGUGUGUGUGUAAGAACUGAAACAUCAACUUUUAAAUAAAAAAAAAUAUCUAUGGAAUAAUGAUAAGAAUGGAUGGUGGUGUAUUCAAUUACUAUUACAAUUACAUUAAAGUAUCAUGACUCCAAGGAUAAGUACAAAUGCUCUGUUUUAUACUUUAACUCAAGUCCGAGUCUGAGUACUUUGCAUGUACAAGCACAUUUUUACUAAUGCAAGGGGUGAAGGAUGAUAGAAAGUGGGAGAGGUCAUUAGGCAGGGAAGACAGAUUAUUAAUAUUUGUGAAGAAAGAUGCCUGAAUAGGAGGAGUGAAGGAAGUUUUACUGCUAUGGCAAGAAACUGUAUGGAUGAUGGACAAUUAAUAAAUGGAACGUUUUUCUUGGUGCCUCAACCUAAACUUUGCAUUCAAACAAUGAGAGAGAGAGAGAGAGUUUGGAUGAGGAUUAUCAGUAGAUUACCACCUCACCCACACCUUUAUGGUUAUCAAAAUUAAUCCAAACUAAAGCUACACCAUCCACUCUCCACCAGCUAAUCUCAGGUUUUGAAGGACAGGAUAUGCUGUGUCCCCACCCUCCUGCAGGGAAGGCUUCCCUUCACCAGUUUAUGUGAGACAGAGUAUAGUAAGAAACUGUUAGUUAUCAUGUCAUACACUAUUCCCCAAACCAUAUGGUUUGGCUCCUGAAUAUUACUAUGGUUGGUGAAUUUGCAGUCUAAGUUGAUAUAGUAAUGUAGAAAUAAGGAUCAGGGGAAUCUUGGCAUGGUAUACAAGAGGCAAAAAAGUAAAAACUGAGCACUAUCACAGAGCAAUGAAACUCACAGAUAAGUAGUUCAUAUGUAUAUUUUUCCUUGUGUGGUUAAGUCGCAACUAUCUGUCAGAUUUUCUGAUGUUCCUUUGUUCUAAUCUUGAAAUUAUUCUCCUAUUAAAGAUACAUAAUCUUUUA